ACGCUGUAGAGGGAAAAUGUGCGUUAGCUUGUGGAUCGAGGGAACCCCCUAGUUAGUAGCUAAGAGUGGAAACAUGGACGACGAGGAGGUCGCCGAAAGCUGGGAAGAGGCUGCUGAUAGUGGGGAAAUGGAGAGAAGACUCGAGGAAAAGCUUCGGAUCAGUCAGAAAGAGAGACUUGCAAGUGGCAGUUCAAGUCGAUCCCCGGUGAAAACCGGAAUUGUCAUUCAGGAUGACUCACUCCCCGCCGCACCCCCACCUCAGAUUCGUAUUUUGAAGCGACCCUCGAGUAAUGGAUCCUUGGGAUCGUCCAUGACGCAGACCCGACCCUCCCCUCAAGUAAAAUCCUUAGCUCAGCGGGAGGCAGAAUACGCAGAAGCCAGGAAGAGAAUUCUUGGCAGCGCUACGCCUGAUGAAACACCGCAGGAGAGGCCCAAUUCAGACCGAUCCCCUCGCGGAAGCAGCCAUACACUUUCAGAAGAGAACAGAUCAGUAAACCACGCGGUGCGGCAACCAGCAGGUCCAGAUGGCACACAAGGCUUUCAUCAGCGCAGAUAGGAAUAACAGUGUUUCCCCCAGGAGGACGCGAAGCGAUCGAGUCUGUCUCCCAGAAUACGGUCAAAUUCUACCAAUUUUUAUCAAUAUUUAGGAUGCAGGAUGUUUCUAAAUUAAGUAUAAAACUCUCAGAUCAAGCACGGCGCGUAUGCCGGCGUGUGGAACGUAACUGAGGACAGAAACGUGAGACAGAGGAGCGGAUGGGGAAUGUUUCAUUCCCUGUUUUACACUGUGAUGAGGACCUCGCUUCCGAACACAGCUCACUGUGAUGUCCAGCCCCUGCCCCUUAAAACAAAAGUGAAAAACAAGUGCAGAACGAUAUUCACUUACUCGCUAUAGUUCGCUGUCGACGACAGCCAGCCCGGCAACUCACGCAUACCCCCUUGAAAAGACAUUUGAAGCAGAAAAUAGCGGUGGAAUGGCAGAGCUGGAGGUAUACAUGACAUGAGGCACCAGCUUCUUUCAGCAAUAAUUGUAGAAAUUAUCACACAUCUCCCUUCAACACUGUUUUACUUUUGUAUCGAUUGUGUUUGUCUUUGUUUUAAUUUUGGUUCUUACUGGCUUGGUCUGCUAUUUGCCAUACGUUUUUAAAUAGGUAAGGAACAGCGAGGUCAUGAUGGAAACUCAAGCUGACUUUAAGUUUGUUCUUUAUUGUUUACGGUUAUAUUUUUUUCAUAAGUUGUUUUACUCAUGGGUUUUCCUCCGAUUGUCCUGAUUUCUACAUCAAGUAAAAAGAAUAAAAACAAACAAGUAGAAUUAAACGAAUGCAGCAGAUUAAGCAGUUUCUAUGCCUUCAGAUGAUUUGAGAAAGUAGUUAUUUUUAGAGCUGUGUAUUUUAAUUCAAAUCUAACAGAAAAGAUACUUCUGUAGAUAUUUGUUGUGCUGGGGAGAACCGUGCAGGGGGUGAAGCGAAGGGAGAUGAUUUUGAUUUUGCUGGCUCCCCAUGCCUCACUUUCUCAUCAGAUCUGCUGUUGACCAUUUUCUUUCUUUUCACUUUUUUACUUAUGUAGGAACUCAGGUUGUUUUGAGGAAUGAAGUUGCGUAUCAGUGGAUAUAGGUUUUUAAAUGUUUGAAGGUGCAAUGUUAAGCUUUCAUGAAGUAACGACUUCAAGACGGUUUUAAAAAAACAUCUCCGAGACUGGCUUUCAGAUUAUUCUAUAAGAGAUUAUUUAACGUUUAUCGAAAUUUAAAAUAAGAGUGUGCAUAGCACCAGUGGCCUAUCAAGGCAACUUUGAGUGUUAAGUCAGUUGACCUAGUUGCUUUGGCUCAUGCAAUACAAUGUCCAUACAGGAAGAGCCAUGCUUUUCUUGACUACAGCACCCUUUUUUUAUUCUGUCCUUAAUCUUUCUUUCCUGUGCUGUCCAUGAAAGAUGUCUUUGAAACGACCCUGCGGUUUAUGGAAACGCUUUAAUCUGAUAUGUCAUUGUUCACUUAUUGUGCUGUAACAAAACGGAAUCGACAGGUUUGUCUGAAUUCCUGAGAACAGCAAUCUGCCUGUAAAUACUUUUAAAAAUGGCCAUUUAAUAAAGACUUUUUAAAUAA